AUGGAGCCCAUAAUCAUGGACGGAGAUAUGGACAAUAUCAUGGACGACAGAGAUACUUUAUGCUUCGACCCGUCGGUCCUCAAUGCCUCGACGCCUAGCCUGGGACGAGACUUUGAAGACCUAUUCUUCCGGCCGUCAAGUGCGCCUCAGCUUUCCGAUGCAAUGUCGUGCUUAUCACCUUCCGAAAUGCCAAACAAAUCCCAGAAUGACGUUCCACCGGCCGGCUCAACCCCGUCCGACACUCGAUCCGACUCACCAGAAGAUUCCAGUCAUAGUUCCUCAAUGGAUUCACCUACAGGCCAUCUACGAAAUGCCUCCCUCGCCUCCAAUCAUUCGGGACUCUUUAGUCCGGAUAGCGCGGGGACAGAGCGAUAUUUACCGGACUGGCCAAAUACCGAACAACUUUCGCUGGGAGAGGGUGCCUUCCUUGGACAAGAUAGUGGAAGCUUUUCAGUUAGGGGCGAUUCGGUGAUGGAUCACGACGUGGAGUUUAGCAACAAGGCCAUGGCGUCUGCAUUCGAUUUCGACAGUGCGGCCAGCAGCCCGAGUCCACUGAAGAUGGAACUCAAUAUGGAGAAGAGUAAGCCGACUGUGUUUAAGCAGUCGUUCCGUACGCCUUCUACUUUUUCUGGGCAAUCUAGUGACGCUGGUUCGUCGCAACAACAGCCAGCCGUUGUAAACCCAUUUGUGUUCCAAAGUUCGAGCGAUGCUAAACCAAUAUACCCCGGACAAGGUUUUUGGGAUGGCCGCGCCUCGCAGUCAAGUUUAGAAGACGCCUUUGGUGGAAUCGUCUUCCACCCCAAUGUCAGCAUAGAAAACUACAUACGACCCCGGCUGAUCGUCCACCCUACCUCGUUGAAGUCUCGCGUAGAGACGCAGAUACCGAUUAAAUUGACACUCUACCCGAUGCCGCCUGGCGUUAAGAAGCUGCGUCUCCCGAGUCACGCUAUCUCCAAGCCAAAAUUUCUCGCAAAACCCGAAAUAAAACGAUCCCCAGACAUCCUUGAACUUCGCGCCAGUGUUUUGUGCACUAGUGCGAUACAGGACAAGAAGAAACGGGAGAGAGCGUUUGCUAGGGCUCGCGGCGAAGAUGUCAGCGUUAAAUCUCCAAAGGAUAAUUCAUCAGAAGAAAACCAGGGUGAUGAAGACGUUCCAUUGGGAGGAGCCGAAGUCAAAAUCUGCCCCGGCUGCAUUCAACGAGAGCGAAAGCGAGCUUCUAGGAAGAAGCAGCGGAAACCGGAGGAGGAUGAAAUGUUCCAAAAGGACGAGGAUAAAAGGGUUAUCGUGUUCAACACCACCGAGAUCAAGGAUUGGACAGACCCUCCUAGAACUCCCAAUUCGACAAACUGCGACCCCUCUCUACCAAUUGCGCCCUUGGGUGCAAUGCAAGUAGAAUUGCCAAUGAGGAUAGCAUGUUAUUGCAGGCACCAAAAUGAGAAAGUGGGAUUCCAGGUACUCUUCACUGUGUUUGACUAUAUGGACAAUCCAAUAGCACAGGCCAUUACGAAUUCAAUUAUGAUCACUGAUGAUCAUAAGACUCAUGCGCCGACAAAUUAUACCGCUGCAGCGAAUGCCGUAGUGACUGAUCCCCAAUUCCCUACAGCAGGGGUGUUCGCUGCGAAUCCCGCGAUAGAUUUGGCGAAACCGUUCAUACAUUCAAUGCCAUAUAAACUAUCCCAUUCAGCCAACGAUCUGCAAGCACUCCGGAAUCGACAAUAUCCAGUAACACCAGCUGCUUCUAACCAGUCACAGAAUGGCACAAAUGCAGCUGCCCCUGUAACUACGCCACGAAACCUCUCACGACAAGCGUCACCUUCUGACGGCACUGGCCCAUUAGCCAAGCGACGGAAACAGAGCGGAUCAGGGAAAGUUCCUACUGGACUUACAAUGACACGAAUCGAAACCCCACGAGCAUCCCAGUCUCCGCUGCUAUCAAAUCUCCCGUCUGCCAACGGAAACGUGGAUAAAGCUUAUGUGACACCUUCAAUGAUGACUCCCCAGUUUGUGAAUGGCCCACCAACACCAAAUAACAACGACGGGAUGUUCUUCAGCCCACUUGAAGGCACUAAUUCAAUGGACAACCACGGGCAACAAACAUUGGUGUCCGCGCCUAGCUCAACGCACCCAAGUCGGCCUGGCUCUCCCCACAUGAAUAACCGCAACAGGUCUAUGGACCAAGGAACUCCCACCGGACUACCAGCUUCGGGCACCCAGAAUCACUCUUGGAGCGUGCCAACGGGCCUCCCCCCACCUCAAGUGCCUUCAAUGAUUCAUAAACUUGUCCCGGCAGAGGGCUCUACUACUGGUGGAAGCGAAGUAACCCUCCUUGGUAGCGGCUUCUAUCCUGGUAUGGAGGUUGUGUUCGGCGACACUCUAGCCACUACCACUACUUUCUGGGGUGAGAAGUGCUUGAAUUGCCUCACGCCACCUUCCGUAAAGCCGGGUUCUGUGCCGGUUGUAUUCAAGCAUGAACACCCUCGACUGGGCCAGCACCAGCCGGGACAACCCAUAAUUCCAAAACCACAAAUUUUCUUUCGUUACGUGGAUGAUCGAGAACUGCAAAUGUAUAGGAUUGCUCUUGGAAUUUUGGGCCAAAAGCUUAGUAACCCCGCCGAUGCAUAUCAAACUGCUCAGCAGAUUAUGGGUGGUGAUGGAAAUAGUCUAUGGAACCUUCAGAAUAACUACCAGGGCAGCGGCAGCGCUGGAGGCCAGCAACGACAAGCCGCAGGAAGCAGUCAGAACGCAAACGUCACCGACACUGACGCAAAGAUGCUUGUCUAUCUCGAGUUUAUGGACCUUGAUGGUAGCCCAGGUUCUCCUAAGUAUAACUCACGCUCUCCAUCAGGACAGACCCUUCUACAUCUUGCGUCUUCGUUGGGCUUAACCCGGUUCGUGGCCGGUUUACUUGCUCGAGGAGCCAAUCCUGACGUCCAGGACAAGAAUCACAACACCCCCUUGCACUUGGCAGCGCUCAGUGGACAUACGCAUAUUGUCCACCGCCUUCGACUUGCUGGUGCUAAUAUUGCUGCGCCUAAUCUACGCGGUUUCACCCCCGCUGACCUCGCCACAUCUCUCGAUGCCCACCGGGCGGUCAUUGUCUCUAGCAACCAUUACCGUUCAAGAAGCGUCGGAUCAAUGUCACCCAUGCGUCACCGACCAAGCUCCGGCUCACUCGAUGGAUUCUGGGAACCAACAUCUUCCAGCGAUUCUGCGGAUAUUGCAGAGGAUUCUACUGAUGAUUCUGACGGUGAACCUGCUGCUGAGGCUCCAGAAUUGCUAUAUGCCCAGCCUAUGCGCAGCAAAUCAGAAUCUCGCAAGGAGAAGAAGCUAUACCUCUCACUUUCCCGCAAAGCUAGUGUUCCUCCAGCUGCUAUACUAGCAUCUGCUGAACCCGACGUUGUUGCGGGUGUGGCACGAAACUCUUCUCCCCCAGUGGCUUUGGUUGCAUGGCGUGAUCAACUGGCAGCUCAAAUUAACCAGUUCCAGCAAAAUGUUAACCGGGCUUUCCCAAAUCUACCCAACCUUCCCAACCUUCCAAACAUUCCGGCAUUGCCUGCAUUGCCUCCGAUGCCUACGCUUCCAGAUUAUCAAACCCACCCGAUGAUCCAGCGUAUUAGCUCUCUAGUUCCGCAUAGACCAACGACAGCUUGGUCUACCAAUAUUAUGAAAGACGGCUGGGACCGAUUGACGGGCAAUUCAUCCCCGCCAGCAUACGAAGAACUUUAUCCCCAUGAAUCAGAUGCAGACUACGCUGACAAGAAAUCGUCCAUGGUGGAAGCAGCUCUUGAUGCUGCCGCGGACCAGCAUUUCGCUGAGACGGAUGUAUCGACGCGUUCUCAAGCAUCAUCCUCUAAGCAGGAGUUUGGUGACGUAACAAUCGGCAGAAAGAACAUCUCGAGAGAGCACCAGGAACAACUACGAAAGGCUCACGCGCAAAAGAUGAAGAGAUUCCGCAGUGACCGUAAUCUCUUCAUUAUCUGGAUUCCUCUCUUGAUCAUAAUUGUCGCCGCGAUGCUGAAAAACCUCAUCCCUGAUAUUUGGCAAAAUGUCUCUUACGGAUAUGACCUUGUCAAAUCCCAUUUUGUCACUAGCCCACCCAACCGGAAUCUUAUGGCUACUUAG